UUCCGAGAUAAGCUGCUAGAGGAGGCUUAUCAGAGGAUAAGUCAGCCGGGUGGUGUGAGUUGGCCAGCGCCAGUUUGGCGCCUAUCUUCGUACUUCCAACUCCCACCGCCAAUUAAAAAAUUUCACAUAUUUCUCGCUAUUUUCGCAUAGUCUUUUUCUUUUGCUUCCUAUAAUUAUGCAAAUCACACGACAGGGUCCUCUUCCUAACGAUCCCUCGAUAAUCUCGGCGAAUCGUACAAGGAAAACUCACAAGGAUGCCGAAACCAUAUCCAGAAUAUCCAAGCUUCCUAUCGAAUCCAGACUUCGCAUUAAUUUCAACAAGCAAACGCGCAACGCCAGCCGUCGUGAACGCGUCUUCGAAGGCAACGACGAUGUCUCCGAUGUGUCGUCCUAUCUGUCUAUUCCUGAGGAAGAAUAUGAUAAGAUGUUGAAGGACCAAGACUACUUCGACAAAGUUAAAGCAUGGCUCUCUGCCCACACCAUCAGCUGGUUAGUCGAUAAACGUAAAUCGUUGAGAUUGAGGACAAGGGAAGGAGACGACACAUCUGUCGAGGCUUCGAGCACCCAGCCUACUAAACGCUUCAGGGCCAACGAUGACCUCAACGAAAUUGAUCCCACUUCUCCUCCAAAUGUAUUUUUCGACCAAGCCUUCCUUGACCUCGGACUCUACGGCUACCACAUCCCUCUCGCUCUGUUCACCAACAAGAACAUUGAGUUCCUCAACAACAAUUCAAUUUCUUUCCAUCGCACGAAAAUCUCGCAUAUCGAAGGCAAACCUCAAAUAUUAGACCUCGCGGAUGUCAUUAAAAAGGUCAAAGGCAGCCGCGAGGGAGGACCUACCCAAGAUCUGGCCAUGGAACACUUUGAGUGGCUUGAAGCCACGGCGAAUUUCUUUGUUUAUCAAUCCUUGCUAUAUGCUGAAGGUGACGAGGCUAACGAACCUCAAUUCUACAGGAAACAUUUCGGUUUCUUCGAGAAUCAAACCGACUCAGUCAAACUGUUUGAUCUGUGGAAGGACAUCGAGCUUGAACUUCGUCAGAAGCAUCAAAGCAAGAAAACCCAUUUCGACCUCUUCGAUUACAGAACCGAAUGGAGCCGCGUCAAAUCGCGUCUUGACUCCCUCGAUACAUCUUCAUCUUCUAAUUCCUCCCAGCCUCAGUCUAACCGUCGUUCCCACAUCCCAAACUUCAGGUCCACCAAAAUCGCUGCGCAUGACACUCCACCUACAACAUCUUCGAAUUCCUUUCCGCUUGGCAACAAGGAAAAGGCCUCCCGCGAACCUUGUUGCAUCAUCUGCGGAGGCGUCGGUCAUACAUUCUUCGCUCAUAGCGACUCUACCCACGGCCCAGCAAAGUGGGCCCUACGUGAUGGGAAGGAGCUCCUCCACCCAUCCAGCAAGGUGCGACUCUGCACCUACUGGAACAUUUUCUCGACCUGCUCCAAGAAAUGUCCAAGUGCUUCCCACAUCUGCACUUUCUGCGGCGGUUCUCACCCCGCACUCCGAUGGGAUUCCAGCUGUACUGUCUCCCGUCCCGCAGGUUACUGA